AUGCCUUCUACAGGAUUAUCUAGAAACACCCUUUAUACGCGCGAAGCGCUGUCGGCUGAGGAAUCACUUGGCUACCAAUAUUCCAAUUCACUGCUGCAAAAGUCUCACGAUGAGGUGCUCAAAAUAAUCCCUCUAGCUGCUAUCGUGAAGAAAGGUUAUCUGACCUUCUGCUCGCUGCAUAACGUCGCGUCUGACGGAAAAUCCGCGCGGUACUACUGGAUCAUGUGGCAAUCAGACUCCACCAUUGCCGAUCCAGACCACUGGCUGCACAAGGCCACCCAACAAGAGAAGUUAGACCAUGCUCGCGAGGUCAUAGGCAAUUGGGAACCCAAGUUUCGCGAGAUAUUUAGCCUCACCCCUGUUAAGGGCGUCAAAACAGAGACUCACAUCUGGCGCAACCUCGAGCUUUCUAGUCUGCCAGCUGGCCGGGUCGGUUUAAUAGGCGAUGCGGCCCACGUCAUGAUGCCCUUCCGUGGCGAGAGAGGAUAUAACACAUUCAUCGACGCCAUAGCCCUUGCCAAGAUCUUAGACCGACUUGAUAAAGAAGACAAGGCUCAUGAUAUCGAAUCGAUCAAGACUUAUGUUAACGAGUACAAUGCCAAGAUGCUGGAGCGCGGGGUGAAAUCUGUGCAACUUUCGCGAGAGCGGGUCGACAGGUCGAAGGUGAAUGCCAAGAAGCCGUUGCUUGCACCUAUGAAAGUGAUCCCAUUCUCAGAAGUCGUUCUGGAGGUCGCGGCCUGA